GUACGUACGUACGGACGGCCAUCUUGGCAGCACAAAGAAAGAUCGUUGUGCGGAGGGGAGUAACAUCAACGCCCGGUAAAAAGAUCUGCCAGAAAAUAUGCCCGAGGAGUCGGAGCAACAACAUGAGGCAGAAUUGCCCAUGGAAAAGAAAUUACUGGCCUCUGGAGUCACAGGCACUGUGAAGUGGUUUAAUGUCCGCAGUGGCUAUGGAUUCAUCAACAGAGAUGACACGCAGGAAGACAUCUUUGUUCACCAAACAGCUAUUGUAAAGAACAACCCCAAGAAAUACCUGCGUAGUCUCGGUGAUGGGGAAGUGGUGGAGUUUGACGUGCUUGCUGGAAUGAAGGGAGACGAGGCUUGCAACGUGACUGGACCUGAUGGUGAAGCAGUCCAGGGUAGUAAGUAUGCUCCAGACAGACGUCGUUAUCGCCGCCGUAAUUACUACCGUCGCCGCAAGAACACUGAUGACCGUGAGGAUGAUCGCGAGGAAGAGAGGACUUCAGAGGGAGGAGAUAACACAGAAGGAAGACGACAACGCGGUGGAGGAAGAGGUGGUAGAGGAAGAGGAAGAGGGCGGGGCAGAUAUCGUAACCGUGGUUACCGUCGUCCAGCUCCUGAAUCUGACGAGGGUGGUGAAAAGCGAGAGGAUGAUGAGAAGGGUGAGGAUGGAGAGAGAUCAAACCGUCGUCGCUACCGUCCUCGUUAUCGGAAUUACAGACGCCCACGUCGUCAAGAAGGUGAUGAAGAAGGACCUGGCAAUGAGAACAAAGAGAAUGAGGGAGAACAGCGCCCUCCUCAACGCAGACGCUAUCGUAGACGCAGACCUCAAGGCUCACGCAACCAAAAGACUGACUCUGGAGAGGGAAGUCCUGGACCGAUUGAGGAGAAAGCCCAGGCUGAUACAUCAGAGAACAAGGAAUGAGUAACAUCACGUUUAGGCCAGGCAGACACCCACAUACAUCACCACAGACAUCCUAGGGAAAUGUUAGCUUCUGAACAAUGAUACCCAACCCUGAAGAGAUGUUUGAGGGCCAUUUUAGGCAUAGAUGAAGGCUUUGUGCUUCCCUUUUUUCAACUGCAAUCUGUCAACGUAAGAUCGACCAUUAGAUUAAAAAACUAAGUGCCCUGUCACCAAGAGUUGGUAAAAAUAUCCACAACCCUCUUGGAAGAUGAUACAAGAAAUUUUUGCUUACAUUAUUCUGAUGAACCACAUUGAGUGGCACAGAGAUUCGUUUUUGGCCGAAAUCAGUCAACAUUUGCAAAGUUUGUGGAUAAUGACACCUGUGUAUGCUCCCUGAUUGAUUGUGGGUCACUGAAAAACCAAGGAUGUAUAUUGACCUUGUUUUGACAUUUAGUUGAGACACGAGGACAAACAUGCAAACAGUACUUAUGAUCCUUGAAGCAAGUUGAUCUAGGGGUGGGAGUGUCAAAGGAACUUUAAGAUGUGUAACACUAAAUUUGAAGCCAAGGAAAUGGAAACUGUUAGUUCACCGCCAUUAAGGAGAAAUACUCAAAAAGACAGAUCUUGGUAUCAUCGGCUGUAUGCUGGAUUCAGCUCGUAAGACCUGGCAUAUUGUAGAGCAAAUGUUAAUGGUAUUACAGUAUUGUAGUUGAGGUGUUUGUGUCUUUUCCAUCAGACUUGCUUUACUGGCUGUGGUUUUUUGGUUUUUUUCACAAACCCAGGUAUCUGCCAAUGGAUUUUCAUUUUUGUAGGAGAUUUUGUACCAGUUGAUGAAUUUUUCGCCCAAGUGUUUUACAACUUUGCGUUUGAAUCUGAAAUUCAUCCUUGAGGGGAAAGCUUAUUUGCUGCAUUUUUGCAAACAGUUUUCAGUAAAAUUUAUUUUCAGAAAAUUUGAAUCAAUUGAAUCAAAUGAAAACUUUUGAAGUUUGGAUUAUUUAAAGUUUGCAAUUGGCAGGUGCCAGGUUAAAGCCAUUCUUACACAAUUUGAUUCCCAGCCGCUUUUAUCCAGGAAAAUUUUGGUCAUUUUUGGCACGUUUUUGUAAUUCCAGCAUUUUUCUUUCUGUUAAUUUACUACCAUCUUUAGCAGGAGAUCUUGUUUGUGACUUGCCUUUGCUGUGGAAACAUCUAAUGGCAUUGGAAGUUCGAAUAAGGCUCAAAAAUAAAACAUCUUGUUUGAGCAAAGAA